UACAGCAGGCAGACAGAGGCAGAGAGAGGCAACACAUAUGCAGAUCAAAUCGAGUGAGAAACAGGAAACGGCACAAGAGAGGCAACAGACAGAUGGAUAAAUAAUACAAAGGAAGAGAUAAAGUCAGAGAAAAAGAGUGAGAGACUGAAAAGUGAACUCUGUUAGAGAAGGAGAAGGGAGGGGAUUGAAUGUGCCAGCUGAUGCUUCACCCUUCUGCUUUCUUGAUGCUACAACGGCAGGAAGACUGAGAUUAUGCUUCAGGGACUAGUAGCAGCUUGACACACUGACAACUUCAACCUCACCAAAGGACAUUGUUCUUCUCGUGUGGCAUGCUGCAGAGAAGGAGCAGCACAGGUCACGGCAUAAACUCCUCUUCAAUAUAAAGGACAGCAUGGAAGCUCAAACCGACCCUACGCUAUCCGACUACACUCGGCUCCCCUGAUACAACUUCAUCGACAUUAACGUGGCUGGGCUCACAGUACAAUGACCUUUGUUAACCAAAGCUGUGAAAGCAGUGACAAUCUGAGGACAUACCAGCACCAUGUGUAUGCUGUGGUGUACAGCGUUAUCUUGGCACCGGGCCUGCUGGGUAAUGUGUUGGCACUCUGGGUGUUCAGGGUCUACGUCAGAGAAACCAAGAAGGCUGUGGUGUACAUGAUGAACUUGGCUUUGGCCGACCUACUGCAGGUUCUCUCCCUGCCUCUGCGGAUCUACUACUACCUGAACAACACCUGGCCCUUCGGUCAUCCCCUCUGCAUGAUCUGCUUCUAUCUCAAGUACGUCAACAUGUACGCCUCCAUCUACUUCCUGGUGUGCGUGAGCGUGCGCCGCUGUGAGCUCAUCAUGCGUCCGCUGAUGUACAACUCAUCGAGGCGAAAGGGAGACCUGCUGAUAUGUGGCCUCGGCUGGCUGCUGGUCUGCCUUUGCUGCCUGCCCUUCCCCCUGCUGAGGAACCCCAUCUCUGAGGAGAACUCAAACCUUUCAGCCGCACAUGAGCUGGUGUGUUUCUCUGAGCUGCCUCUGAGGACUGUCAGCGCUCCUGCAGCCUGGGCGCUGCUGAUCAUAGCGGAGCUGUUUGGCUUCGUCAUCCCCCUCAUCCUGGUGCUGGCCUGCACAAUCAUGACCGCUGGGAGCCUCCGGCAGCCGGCAGCAGGGGCUAUUCCAGACCGAGGGGAGAAGCGGAGGGCAUUAAGGAUGGUUCUAAGCUGUGCUGUUGUCUUCUUAGUGUGCUUUGUGCCUUACCACAUCACGAUGCCUCUGGACUUUCUGGCUAAAGCCAACGCUCUGAGCGACUGUGGCCUCAGGGACCUGAUCCUGCGGUGUCACCCCGUCACGCUCUGCCUGGCCAGCCUCAACUGCAGCCUGGACCCACUCAUGUACUAUUUCACAACCGAUGAGUUCUGGAGGCGGUUGAGCAAGCCGGAGAUACCAGAGAGCAUGACUUUCAACAGGCGCCUGUCGUGCAUAACUGGAGGAGAGGACUUAGACAAUGAUUAGUCUCCUGCAAGCCAACAGUUUAAUCUGAACCACUAAUCCCUCAGAUGAAGUAUUCCCACAAACAGAAACAUGAUUUACAUCCAAGCAAGUAUGUGAAAGUAUGGGACCAAGCUUCAAAAUGUGAUUUUUUUUCUAUUUAUUUCUCAAUAAAACAUGUUUUUUUUUCUAAAUUUG